AUGAGCUACUACAACGACUACGACUACGCCUACUUUUCCCAUUUGAUAUGGGCCUGGAACAAUUUUGUUUCCAAUCAAGCAGCAGCUGCUGCACUAAUGAAUCCUGGAGGAGCACCCAAUGGUAUACAGGUGCCGGGUGUACCACUUCCACCUCUUCCGCCUCCUCCGCCUCCGCCUCCGCCUCCGCCUCCGCCUCCGCCUCCGCCUCCGCCAACUCCGCCGCCUUCUGAUCACCAUGAAAAGACGAAACUCAAGCGAAAAGCGAGAAGGACUGAUGGAACUCCCCGUUUCUCUUCAGAUGGAGAGAAUUCGGUACCCCUAAAUCGUGCCAGAGACGAAACUUCAGAGAUUGAAGUGGAAAGGCAUGUCAUCUACGGUGGUGCUGCUAAUGAUGUUGACGUUGAGGAAGAUGAGAUUCUCAACGAUAAUGCGGGACUCAACUCAAUGUUUGACGAACACGCAAUUGCCCCGGACGUUCUCGACGGGAUAAAGAAGAAACUAGACGGAAAAGAUUUCCGACUGCAACUCUCAAAGACGAGAGCACGAGGACUUAGAAUGGAUCAAGCGACGGCAACUGUCGAUAUCGAUCCGACUACAGCGCCUGACAACUUCCUGCCUGUCCUCCAGGAAGCCAUGGAUCGUCUGUUUGACACUGUCGGCAACACCAGCCUGGACGGCUAUGAAGUGCGAAAAGGAGGAGCGGGCUUCAAUGGAUGGAGAGGAAAACUCGUUGUUUUCGACCCCGCAGACCUUGAGAAUGCGUGCUUCCCCAUGAGCGUCUACCUUCUCGUGGAGUUGGCCAAACUGAUGGACCUCGACAGCACUAUCGAAAGAAGAAACCUGAAAGUCAGGGGCAGGGCAAAGCAGCGGGAAUGGACUCAGCUCAGGCAAAGCCUUACCCAAGAGUUUGACGGGGCUUUCCACCAAGACCCGGACACAAUCGUGAAAGCUCAAGACUUUUUGAGAAGCCUAUGGCCCGGAUACAUAGCCGGACAGAUGGUAUCCCUGCCUGAAGCCGCCCAAGUCCUCAAGGAGGUCAACCGACGGAAGCUUGGGAGGAUCUACAUGUUCGACAAGGCGGGCAAAAAGCUUGGAUGUACGCCCGACUACAACAAUGUCGAUGGCCGUGUGCUGACGAUGGUGUACGAAGAAAGGAACGAGCACUUCAUCCCUGUCACUAAGGCACCUUCGGCCGUUACGUGGAUUCGUCAAUCUCCCUACGACAUCGACGAGGUCUUUGCGUACAAAAAGCAGUGCGAUGGCUGCGGAGUCUACUACAACGAGAACUGCCACAAAAAAUGUGAAUGGCGAUGCCUGAGAUGCCAGACAACAGGCAAGACAUGUGAGAACGAUCCCGGCGUCCGGAUAAGAUGCACGACGUGCAAUGUCUGCUUCCAGAACCAUACGUGCUAUGACAAUCACUUCAGGAAUCGUGUGUGUGGAAAGCGCUUCUUCUGCUUGAAGUGCAACUACUACUACGAUGUCACCAGUGGUGGUAUGAAGGCACAUGUGUGUGGACAGCGCUUCUGCCAGACAUGUAUGAAAAUGCAGCCCAUCAAGCACGACUGCAUCUUUGCUCAGGCACAUGACAAGCCUGCAACCCGUUACAAGUCUCAGCGUUACACCAUAAUCGUCCUCGACUUUGAAACAGAGGUCGUCAAAUACGUCAACGGCGAGAUGAUCGACAUCCCACACAAGGCAACGCACUGCUACAUGCGACAAAUGUGCGAGGAAUGCACUCCUGAUGAACUCUGGGCCGGCGAGAAAAUCAAAGGAGGGCGCCUCGAGCGAUACGACCACGAACUUGACGAAGAAUCCGACGAAGAUGAAAACUCUGCCGAUGAAGAGCACCGCCCAAAGAAGCUGCGGGACCGCUGGAUAAUGCGCAGGCCCCAAGGGCAGUGUCGAGGACAGUGCUUCGAAAAAAGGUUCUCGAAUCUCGACGAACACGGCGUCUGGCAUGAGGGCAAGGUCGUUGAGGAUGUCGUCGACUUUUUGCUUUUCGAAAAGCACGACAAGAAGCAGGAGAAGAUCGUCCUCGCCCAUAACGGAGGAGGGUACGAUUGGGUGCUCCUACUCCCGGCUCUGAUGGCUCGAAAAAUCCCCUACACACCGCUAAUGCGAGGGUCCCGUAUCGUGGAAAUGAAGAUCGCAGGCCGCCCAAGCGACUGCAAGCAGAACCGAGCGCGAGCAGUUCAACGCCGACCUCCGGCCCCACAUGAGCGUCGCCGAAAUAAGCUCCGCUUCAUGGACACGUAUCGGUUCAUUCCGAUCGCCCUGGGCAAGUUCGCCGACGUGUUCCGGCUCAACGAAGAGAAGGGUGUCUUUCCAGUGUUUGCAAACUGCGAAUACUGGCGUCAACCAAACCCUCGAGGCUGGCCGUCCGAAGAAUGGUUCCCGGUUCGCACAGAAGGGCAGCUGAAGAAGGUACGAGAAACGCUUGUGGAGAAAGCCGGACAAACUUUCAACCUUGAAGAAGAAAUCUGGAAGUACUGCGAGUCAGAUGUGAAUGUGCUGCUGAUGGGUGUGAUGCUCUUCAGGAAGAACCACGUGGAACGAGGCGGAUUCUGCCCGUUCUCCUCGUGCUCAACGCUGGCGUCUACCUGCAUGACGCUCUUCCUGAUGAAGUACUACAAGGGGCAGCCGAUCGCAAUGGUUAAAGAAACCCCUGAAGGAGCUGAGCGCAAGUACUCUGAGGUUGCCGAGAAAUGGCUGCAGUGGAUGGAAUAUCAGCAAAAUGGACACCCGAUUCAACGGCAGCUCGCGUAUGGCGGCGAGAAGCGCAUUGUAUGCGGAGCAGCAGAAUAUUUCCUUGAUGGCUACUCGGUGAUGCCAGACGGGAAGCGUGUCGGCUUCGAGUUCAACGGGUGUUAUUGGCACGGCUGUCUCUCUUGCUAUGGCCCGAACGCCAACUUCCCUGCCGGCAAGGGACAAGCGGAUACAAUUCGGGAGCGGUUCGACCGGACCGUCCAGCGAUACGAAGCUCUCAACAAUUCAGAGCUACUGGACGAAAUCGUCGUGAAGCGUGAAUGCGACUUUUACAGAGAGCUGCAAGAAGACGGUGAGAUGCGCGAGUACUGCGAAAACCUCGACAUUCCGGGGAGACUCUGCCCGCGACGUGCCCUAAAGGGAGGCCGAACUGAAGCCUUCAAGGCAUGGUCGACUCCUGGCAAUCAAGUGCAUUACCAGGAUGUUAAUUCAAUGUACCCUCAUGUGCAGCGCGAUGGGCUGUACCCACUUGGCGAAGCAGUUAUUGAAAUGUUCCAGGGCAAACCCAAUCGCCUUCCUUCUCAUAUUGUUAAAAAAACAUGGCGGGCCGUCGAUGUGUACGAAGAAGGCCUGUUGAAGAGGGAACGCCGCUGUGUGCAAGAGAUCCAAGUUCGGGGUUUCCUGUACGUCGAUGUCCUGGUUCCGCGCGACAUCCCGAUCACGCUUCUCCCUCUGACAGUCAAGGGAGGUCUCCAAUUCCCGGUCUGUGGACGAUGCGCCCAAAUGAAGAAGCCUCCUCGAGUCUGCACCCAUACGGACAGCGAAAGGUUGCUGCGUGACGUCUACUGGUACGAGGAGCUCCAGCUGGCUCUCGAUUGGAAGUGUGAGAUUCGAUGCGUCCACGAAACGAUGAGCUGGAAAUCCUUCACCGCCGACUUCUUCAAGGAGUACGUCAGUGACAACAUUCGUCGAAAAGUUGAAGCAAGUGGAUGGCCAGACGAUGCUCAAACUCCAGAAGAAAGGGCGAUCUUCCUCAAGAACUUUGAAGACCAAAUGGGUGUCCCUCUAAGGCCUGAAGAACUUGACCGUCCCAACCCAUCUGCACGCUGGCUGGCUAAGUUGGCCAAUAACAAUCUCUGGGGCAAAUUCGGCCAGAAGCCCACCAACACGAAGACGGACAUUUGCUACACGGCUGAUGAAGUUGAGAAGAUUUGGUGCGAUCCAAGCCGAGUGAUUACUGAUGAGUACCUGAUACCCGAGCAUAAUGUCUGGAUAGUCAAGCAUAAGGGACAUCGAGACGACACUGUGGCCCGCUCAAAGGGUUCAAUUGCUGUGGCUGCCAUAACUACGAGCCGUGCACGACUACGCCUAAAUCAGCUGCUGCUCCAGGUCUAUCCUCGACAUGUGUACACGGAUACGGACUCGAUUGUCUUUGAGGGUGGCUCUGUGGAAGAUGACGAACUUGUCAGGCGGUUCUAUGCUCGAGAAGUGGGCCCCCAACUCGGUCAGCUGACUUCGGAAAUCCCCACCGGAUGGACAUGUGUGAGCUUCGUCUGUCCUGGCUCGAAGCAGUAUGCGGCUCUGUUGAAGAAGGACGGCGAGGAAGUGUACCAAGAGAUCAUUAAAACUCGAGGCAUCACGCAAGAUCUCGAUAAUAAGGGGAAGCUGACAUUCAACCGCAUGAAGUGUAUGGCAACUCAAUUUGUUGAACGCUAUCGAAGUGACGAAGCCGAACGGGCCGCUGCAGAUGAACCAGAACCUUCGAUUGAAUUUAAUUAUAAGAAUAUUCGCAGACCAAAGCCCGGUGUGCUAGAAACUGUUGAAGAACCCACAUGUGGCCCGCGCGCGCCAUUCGACACAGUCCCCGCUCAGUCGCAAUCUCGCCGAAAAAACGAGAUGGCCGCUUACAUUCAAGUGCAUGAAGAUCUCGACAAUCUGAUUGUCCACAACCUGGAGAUUGUGCGCUACACCACCUGCCCGAUUCCAUGUCCCUCCGAUGGCCGCUGUUACGGCUUUGCCGGAUUCAGUUUGCCGGUGUUCUGCUCAAAUAUCGAAUCGAGGCUCGUGGCCGUGGCGGAGAAUUGUGUUGCGACUCCGCUAGACAUGACGACCCUUAUCAUCAUCAUCACAAUAAUCGCCCUUGUGCUACGC